CUUCAGGAAGUGCCGGUAGUUGAAGCCACUCACUGUUGUUUAUAUGGUUUCAUUAAAUGUAAACAUACACCUGUGACUUAAGUUUAAAAUGAAAGAAACGUUCUCAGCGUUGUUCCAUUUUAUACUGAUAUCGAGUGUUGUCGUGCAUGCUUUUGAACCAAUUUCUACAACCAUUGUUGCCGGACUUGGCGCAGCCGCCUUAGGAAAGAAAUUGUACAAUUAUUUAUUUGAAACGUGUGAUGACAACUGGAUCGGUUUUAACGCAACCGGUCUCCAGGAGGACCUGGAGGAAAAGCUGUUCGGCCAGCACGUGGCUUCGCGGGUCAUCCUCAAAGCAGUGACUGGGUUUAUGAACAGCGAGAACCCCAAGAAACCGCUAGUUCUAUCCCUGCACGGCUGGACUGGCACGGGGAAAAUCUUUGUGAGUCAACUGAUUGCGGAGAAUAUUUACCAGAAAGGAAUGGCCAGUGGGUUCGUGCAUCUCUUCCUAGCUACGGAACACUUUCCCCAUGAGGUGCAUUUAGAAACAUACAAGGCACAAUUGCAGCAAUGGAUAAAAGGCAAUGUGACAAAUUGCCCACGUUCCAUGUUCAUAUUUGAUGAGAUGGAUAAGAUGCACCCCGGCCUGAUUGAUGGCAUAAAACCAUAUCUGGACUUCUAUGAGAGACUGGACGGAGUGUCCUACAGACAGGCCAUCUUCAUCUUCCUCAGUAAUGCCGGAGGUGAGGAGAUUGUGCAUGUGGCUCUGGAUUUCUGGACGUCGGGAAGAGAACGAGAGGAGAUCAAGCUGAAGGAUCUGGAGAUGGCUCUGUCCCUUUCUGUCUUCAACAACAAGAACAGUGGUCUCUGGCACUCCAAUUUAAUAGAUAAGAACUUGGUGGACUUCUUUGUGCCUUUCCUGCCGCUGGAGUUCAAGCACGUGGUUCAGUGUGGCAUGGCAGAGAUGGCUGACAAAGGCCUCACCCCCGAUGCUGCCGUGGUGGACCACAUGGCGCGGGACAUGAACUACUUCCCCAAGGACGAGCGUGUCUUCUCCAUUAAGGGCUGCAAGGUGAUCUCCAGCCGGCUGGACUUCUACAUCGACUGAGAUGCGCCACUUUCCCCUAAAAUGCAGCCCCCAAAUAUACUUCUAACACUACUGCUGUCCUCGAGGGGUUGUGGACUAUUUUGACGGAGUCACUUGUGUUUAUAUGGAGUGGCAGGAAUAGCUUUCAAAUCAGGUGAAAGGGCACAACGAGCCUUCUCUUUUAAAAGUGGAUUCACUGGGCGUGCCUAACUCCGUUUUUAAGGAGGAUCUUUACUUUUUAUAAAUCUUUAUAUAAUUUUAUGAACCAGGGUUCUGAGUCAUCACCUCAGCAGAUACAUUGUUAUGUGAUUUCAACCAAUGAUCAUUAAAUGAAGAUCAACCAUGGACCAAAUGAUGGAAACUCACUGACAUUUGUUUUCUGGUAGCACUGCAAAAGAAUCUAGUAAAAGUUGCCUGCAUGGCAUUUUCCCAUGCAGAGGUGAUGCUCAAAUCACUGCAGUUUGUAAUGAUCAUUUUUCUUUUAUGAAAGUUGUCAAAAACUGGUUUUAUGAAAAUGAUUUUAAAUUAUUUAGGGUGGACUCACACUACUCGUACUAAACACUGAUUUAUAUGGGCAACUCCAAGCAUUUAAGUCAAGUGUCCAUUUAAUCCCAAAAACAUUUAUGGUCUUCCUGUAAAUUUAAGUGCCAACCUUUUUAAAGGAAUGGUUCGCAAAAAAAAAAAAAAAAAAAAAUCCAAUUUGCACAAUUUUCUUUUUGUGGAUUAGUGAAACCAUGUUUACUGUCCAAUUUGUUUGGGACUGGAUUUAUGAGGUUAAUCUAAGCAAUUCUCCCAAAUCUGAUGUGUCCUGUUAAGUAAUGUUACACAGACUUAACAUUGUGGUUUAGGACACAAUCUGACUUUGUAUGAUUUUCUGUAAAAAUGCACAACUACACAGAAGAGGUGAAAGCUAUAAUCUUAGCUGUAAUGGACAUGUAACAGGACUCACGCUCGUUCCAUGCUGACAAACAGCACAGUGAUAAUGCAGCCAGUACAUGUAGUUGUCUUACAUUUUUCAGGGUGGCCAUCUAUAGAGGGAAUUGCUAAAUUAAUGAAUAUGUGUGUAUAUAUGUUUAUUGUAAUAAGGUAAAGGGAGUUUGAGUCCAAAGAGUACAACUACCUGUUUUAUCCAGCUGUCGUAAGGGUGAUGAGGGGAUUUUCCAAGUAAAAAGGGGAGGACAAAAUCCUCUGUGUUUGGAUAUGUUUUUUUAUUUUAAUAAGGACAUUUUGGAUAAUGGGAAACUGUUUUAAAUAAGCUUUUAUUUUGAACAAUAGGGAGGAAAUGUUAUGAACUUCAUAAUUUAAGUACCAGAAAUGGUCUGGUCCAUGGGACGAACAGUAUAUAUAAGAAGUGGGUUUAAGCAGAGGUGUGGAGGUAGCCAGUAGAUACGUGCUGAUAUACUGGUGCAAUUGGAAUGCACAUGGAGUUACAUUUAUUUGUUUUGUUGUUGUUGUUGUUGACUGAUUUUAUUUCCUUCCUUUGGUAGUUUUCUUUGAAAUGCUAUUUAUUCUUUGUCUGCUUAUGGUAUCAUGUGCCUGUCACUGGACUUUUGGGAAAAUAAAUCACCAUCAUUUGCAAAUCUA